AUGUGUCCGCUGAGAUUUAUUCUCAUAUUUCUCUCAGCGACACUUGCCGGCUUCUUCCUUCUCCGUAACCUCAAAUCUCCUCCUCAAGAUUUCGUGGCCGGCGAUAAUUCCGACGAUAACUCCAAGGAAUUGAACUCCGAUUCGUCGUCCUCCUCCGAGGUUCUUGUAAUUGUUCUUCAUCGGAAUCUUGCAUUUCCUUUUUCUUUGUUUGUGUCUGAAUGGAACGAUUGUGGUAUGUUUGAACAGGUGUCUUCGGGGUUCUGGACGGUGGUGGACAUGGCCAGCGGCCGCUACUUGUGGAGGCAUUUGUUUCCGUCGUCCAAGAAGCCUUCCGAUUGA